GCAAGUUACUUACAUUUUUCUCUCUUCCUCUCAAUUAAAGGUUGAAGAUUGUGCAGUGAGGAAGCGUGUUUUUAGUUAUGACGAACUCUUAUGCACACACCAUUGAGCCUCUGGACCCCCAGAAGCCCGACCACAAGUUCUUCAACCUUAAAAAGCUCAAAGACCCCAGAUAUGACCAGCUUCCCUUCUCCAUCCGUGUGCUUCUGGAGUCUGCGGUGAGGAACUGUGACGGGUUCCUGGUGAAGAAAGAGGAUGUGGAGAAGAUCCUCAACUGGAAGGUGACGCAGAGUCAGACCGUGGAGGUGCCUUUCAGACCGGCCCGCGUCAUCUUGCAAGACUUCACGGGUGUUCCUGCAGUGGUCGACUUUGCUGCCAUGCGUGAUGCAGUGAAAAAACUACAGGGCGACCCCGAGAAGAUUAAUCCAGUCUGUCCGGCAGACCUUGUCAUAGAUCAUUCCAUUCAGGUCGACUUCAACAGGAAGUCUGACAGCCUUCAGAAAAACCAAGACCUUGAAUUUGAAAGGAACAGAGAACGAUUUGAGUUUUUGAAGUGGGGUUCUAAAGCAUUCCGGAACAUGCGGAUCAUUCCGCCGGGCUCAGGAAUAGUCCAUCAGGUCAAUCUGGAAUACCUGGCCAGGGUCGUGUUUGAGCAGGACGAAUACUACUAUCCAGACAGUCUGGUGGGAACGGACUCUCACACUACCAUGAUUGAUGGGCUGGGAGUGCUGGGCUGGGGUGUUGGAGGUAUCGAGGCGGAGGCGGUCAUGUUGGGUCAGCCGAUCAGCAUGGUGCUGCCAGAGGUCAUCGGCUACAAACUACAGGGAACGCCCAACAAAUAUAUCACCUCCACUGACAUAGUGCUUACUGUUACCAAGCAUUUGCGGCAAGUUGGUGUGGUUGGAAAAUUUGUGGAGUUUUUUGGCCCUGGUGUUGCUCAGCUGUCUAUCGCAGACCGCGCCACCAUCGCCAACAUGUGCCCUGAGUAUGGAGCCACCGCUGCCUUCUUCCCUGUAGACCAGAUCAGCAUUCAUUAUCUGAAGCAGACGGGGAGGGAUGCAGAGAAGCUGAGUUACAUAGAAAAGUAUCUGAAAGCGGUGGGCAUGUUCAGAGACUACAGCAACACCGCUCAAGAUCCACAGUUCACUCAGGUUGUUGAGUUGGACCUCAGUACGGUCGUCCCCUGCUGCAGCGGUCCCAAGCGGCCACAGGACAAAGUGGCUGUAUCAGAGAUGAAGCAGGACUUUAAAACGUGUUUAGGGGCCAAGCAAGGCUUCAAAGGAUUCCAGGUGGCUCCUGAGCGCCAUGAUGUUCGAGUGUCCUUCCAGUUUAACGGAGCGGAGUAUUCUCUGUCUCACGGAUCCGUGGUCAUCGCAGCUAUUACCAGCUGUACUAACACCAGUAACCCCUCAGUCAUGCUGGGAGCAGGUCUGUUGGCGCAGAGGGCUGUAAAGGCUGGUCUCAGUGUCAAGCCGUACAUAAAGACCAGUCUGUCUCCAGGCAGUGGAGUGGUCACAUACUACCUUAAAGAGAGCGGGGUCAUGGACUUCCUCUCACAGUUAGGUUUCGAGGUUGUUGGUUACGGCUGCAUGACCUGCAUUGGAAACAGUGGACCCCUUCCAGAGCCGGUUGUAGAGGCGAUUACUCAGGGUGAUUUGGUUGCUGCGGGUGUCCUGUCUGGAAACAGAAACUUCGAGGGUCGCGUCCAUCCCAACACACGAGCCAAUUACCUGGCCUCUCCUCCUCUGGUCAUUGCCUAUGCUAUAGCAGGCACAGUGAGAAUAGAUUUCGAAAAAGAGCCUUUGGCCGUGAACUCUCAGGGAAAAGAGGUUUUCCUGAGGGACAUCUGGCCCACGCGAGAGGAGAUCCAGGCGGUGGAGAGACAGUUUGUCAUUCCUGCCAUGUUUAAGGAGGUCUAUGAGAAAGUUGAGAAAGUGAAUGAACGCUGGAACUCCCUGAAAGCUCCUUCUGACAAGCUGUAUGCCUGGGAUCCCAGUUCUACUUACAUUAAAUCCCCUCCUUUCUUUGAUGGACUGACCCGGGAGCUGCAGACACCAAAGUCCAUAACCGACGCGUAUGUGCUGCUCGAUUUGGGAGAUUCUGUGACCACAGACCACAUCUCGCCCGCUGGAAACAUUGCUCGUAACAGUCCUGCUGCACGAUACCUGACCAGCCGCGGACUCACCCCGAGAGAGUUUAACUCGUACGGUUCUCGUCGAGGGAACGAUGCAGUCAUGGCUCGAGGCACAUUUGCCAACAUCCGCCUUCUUAACAAGUUUAUAAACAAGCAAGCGCCAUGCACCAUCUACCUUCCUACUGGGGAGACGAUGGAUGUAUUUGAUGCUGCAGAAAAAUACCAGCAGGCUGGUCAUCCUCUCUUGAUUCUGGCGGGCAAAGAGUAUGGAUCAGGAAGCUCUAGAGAUUGGGCGGCUAAAGGGCCUUUCCUGCUGGGCAUCAAAGCUGUGCUGGCGGAGAGUUACGAGCGCAUUCAUCGCAGUAAUCUGGUUGGGAUGGGCGUCAUCCCUCUGGAGUAUCUGCCGGGUGACAGCACUGAAAGCCUGGGGCUCAGCGGCCGCGAGCGAUACACUGUGAUCAUUCCUCCACAGAUCACGCCCAGAAUGACCGUCGACAUCAAGCUGGACACAGGGAAAAGCUUUCAGGCUAAGAUGAGGUUUGACACAGACGUGGAGCUCACGUACUUCCAUCACGGCGGCAUCCUCAACUACAUGAUCCGCAAGAUGUCCGAAAACUGACACCACACCACGUCUUCAGGACGAUCCCCUCGAAACGCACAUAUCAUGCACCCUCUGGAUGCUUGUUUUGUCCCGUCAGUGUUUUAGCUUCUCCUUUAAGAACCAGCUGAUGUGUUGUUUAGUUAUAAAUGUACUGUAAUGUUUGCUGUAGAUGAUGGCUAUGAGUUUGGUGGACGUUCUGUGGGAGUGAAGGGCAAGUUUAACCUUCUCCACUCUAAUCCUACCUCAGCAUCUUCAUCAUGGUUAUUCAUCUUAUUAAUUACUGUACUUACACUAAACUUUGACACAAGUUCCUUGCAGGUUAUGCAUGCUGCGUUUGUGUUAAUUAUAAUAGUAUAAACGUUAUGCACAGUCAUUUUUAUGUUUUGUUUUAUUUUUUUUAAGAUGCACCAAUGAUUCCGUUUCAUCACUGAUUUUUAUUUUUUGCAAUGGUUAUGCAUUAACUUCAUACUGAAAUGCUGAAGAAAAUGUAGUUUAAAACAAAUAUUGCAUCAGAUAAAUCCCUUUAACAGCUGUCGAAUAUGAAUGGCAUGAUACACAUUUGAAAGUGCCUGUAUUUUCACAUAUUUUGUAUAUAAUCUCUUGAAACCAGCCUGUGCACGUCUCAU